AUGAUUGCACCUGAGAUGCAUGAACGCAUCUUCUAUUGCCCUGUCCAAGAUCAGACCCUGUUAUGCCAGUCAUUGGACAAGAUUCGCGCCCACGUAUACGAGAACCUCGAGCAGUUUGAAGCAACCAAGGGCAAUAUGACAACAAUCGCUCUGUUCCGCUAUGGCCUAUCAAACCAUUCACCAAACACGAUCACUAUCUAUAUCUCUGUCAACUGCAGCUCGGAUGAAACCAAGUGGGAGAGUGUUACUGCCUCCAUUGAACUCAAUAUCGGCCUUGUAAACCCAGCCUGGAAGAGAGCACGAGUCUCUAUCGAGCAGAAUGUCGGUAUGCAAUCAGCGUUCACAAUCCACCAGCCAAACCCUAAGUUUAGGUUGACAAGAUAA